AUGAACAAGAACAGUCCCAAAAAACAAGAGUUUGCACACAUACUGAAAUCUUUUUCUCUUCCAAACGAAAUCAUACAAGAAAUAUUUUACAUAUUGCCAGCUAAAUCUGUUUUUCGUUUCAAGGCUGUUAACAAAGAAUGGAAUUCAAUAUUAUCCAGCGAGCAGUUUAUGCAGACACAUUGUUCUCAUCAACGCCGUCUUCACCGAGUAGCGGAUGAUCACCUAAUCUUCUUAGAAAGUGACCAACUAUACCUUGGAAGUUAUAAUAAUCUUUUCAAUCUGAAAGCAGCAGCCUCUGCGGAAUUGGAAAAUCCUCAGACUCCUCACAAGUGUCGUCGAGGUAAAAGCUGUUCAGCAAAACCUGAAAUUCUUGGUUCUGGCAAUGGGUUAGUAUCCUUGAGUUUACGUGACUGUUAUAAUGAAUUCAUAUUGUGGAAUCCUGUAACGAAAAAGCACAUCAGUAUUUAUCCGGAGGAUUAUAAUUAUUGUGACGGUCGUCUGCUGUCAGGGCUCUGCUAUAAUGCAUCCUGUAAUGAAUACAGUGUAGUUUUAACUAUUUAUGAUUAUGCUAAUUAUGCUAGUUUUGAUGGUAAGGCAAAAGUUUUCGUAGUGAAUUUCAGGACAGGUAGAAGUAAACAGGUUGAAGAAGGCUUGUCAUAUAAAGUACUACAUCAUGUGAAACCUGAAGUAGGAACAGUUGUGUGCGGGGUGCCUCAUUGGUUGUCUACUAACGAAUUUGAGAGUUUGAGGGGAUUACGAGAGGGGAUUCUUUACUUUGAUUUGGCUGAUGGAGUGUUCAGGCAGAUGGCACGGCCAGAUCAUGCUGGUGUUAAAGAGAAAGAAAUAGUUGGUUUCGGGGCUUUGAAUGGCCAACAUCAACUUGGAAUCGUACUCCGAGACAGCUGGUUUGAUGAUAAGGCAGUAAUUAUGGUAAUGGCGCGUUAUGGCAAAAGGAGGUGGAAUAUCUAUCUUGUAGAAGAAGAUUCUAUGCCUUUGCAACUGCUUAUGAACCUAGUCUUGUAUCACCACCAGAGCCGGAAAUUCAAGUUAAGUAUCAGCAUUGUCUUGUAUCGCCAGUUUCACCACCACAGCCAGAGUUACUAG